CUCUGACAGGCAGCGCGAGCCUCAUCAUCACCAUCACUACCAACCGCCACAACCGCCGCAACGGCAGCGUCGAGAGAGCCGACCGAGCAACCGGGGUCUUUACCGAUUCGAGGAGCCCGCGGCGUCAUGGCGGGCCUCCGUUAAACAACCCGAGACCCAGAUUUAUCCUCUUUGUUCUCCCCCUCGACGCUUCGCAGUCUCUCCUUCUUUUUUUUACGCGCCUCCGCCGAGGAGGGGCCGCCGAGGAGAGGAGCUCUCCCUUACCGAGCGAAGGAGGAGGCGAGGAGCGGCGACAGCAGCAGCAGCGGCGGCGGCGGCGGAGGAGGAGGAGGAGGCGGCAGUUGAACCAACCGGGGGGGGGAGGAGGUGUUUUCUACGGUACGAGCCGAAUGGCGGACCGUGAGGCGUCGCCGAUACCGUUGGAGAUCCGAGCCCGGCUGGCGGAGCUGGAGCUGGAGCUGUCAGAGGGGGACAUCACUCAGAAGGGUUAUGAGAAGAAGAGGCACAAGCUGAUCAGGGCAUAUGUUCCACAUGCUGGAGGUAUGGAAGGGCCCAUGUCUCAUCGGGCCCCACUCGGCCCUCCGUCUGCCGCCCGUUUCCACCGGCGGCGAACCUCCGGCACCAGAGACGAACGCUACCGAUCAGACGUCCACACCGAGGCGGUGCAGGCCGUGUUGGCACGACACGUGGAGAGGAAGGUGGCGGUGCCGAUGCCUUCCAAGAGACGUUCGCUGGUGGUGCAGACCUCCAUGGAUGCAUACACGCCUCCAGGCCUGUCGCCCCUGUGCUCAGACUCGUCGUCGGGCUCAGAGGAGGAGGCGGGGCCAGGCGACGACAUGUCGGGCAUGGAGCACUGGAUGAGCCGCCCUUCCCAGCUAGGCCCCGCCCACCUGGGCUCCACCUCCUCCUCGUCCUCGUCCACGCAGAGCGGAGGCAGCGGCAACGCCGGGCGGCUGGCCGACUCGCUGGCGCACACGCACAUCUCGCACCUGGCGCACACGCACCUGGUGCACUCGCACCUGGGCCAGUCGCACCACCAGCAGAGCCACCUGUCGCAGUCACACCACGGUAUCGGCCACCUGUCUCUGAAGAGGAAGGGAGCUCUGAGUGUAGCAGAGAACGGAGGAUCUCUGCGACGAUCCUGUGAGUUUGGAUCUGACAUGCUGUGGCCGCCACCCCUGGAGUCAGACGAGAAUCACUCGACCCCCCCGGAUGUGACGGGCUACUCGUCAGACUCGUCCCACUCCCACCACACCGAGCGUCACCACAUGGCCAAUAUGGGAACCAUUGCCAGGAACACGCAGAAGUACGGCAACGCAGAGCGCAUGGAGACGGGCGAUGGUGUUCCAGUCAGCAGUCGCGUGUCAGCUAAAAUCCAGCAGCUUGUGAACACGCUGAAGCAGCCUCGCAGACCUCCACUACGAGAGUUCUUUGUCGAUGACUUUGACGAACUUCUGGAGGUCCAGCAGCCGGACCCCAAUCAGCCACGGCCGGAGGGGGCGGAGAUGAUGCCGGUGCGGGGCGAGGCGCUGGGGGUGGUCACCAACUGGCCCCCGUCCCUGGAGGCUGCGCUGCAACGCUGGGGAACGAUCUCCCCAAAAGCCCCUUGCCUCACCAGCCUGGACACGGCAGGGAAGCCCCUCUACGUCCUCACAUAUGGAAAGCUGUGGUCUCGCAGCAUCAAGCUUGCCUACAACAUCCUCCACAAACUGGGCAGCAAGCAGGAGCCCAUGGUGCGACCGGGUGAUCGGGUGGCGUUGGUGUUUCCUAACAACGACCCUGUGGCCUUCAUGGUGGCCUUCUACGGCUGUCUGCUGGCUGAGGUGGUCCCUGUUCCUAUAGAGGUCCCACUGAGUCGCAAGGAUGCCGGCAGUCAGCAGAUUGGAUUCCUGUUGGGCAGCUGUGGCGUUACCGUGGCGCUGACCAGUGACGCAUGCCACAAGGGCCUGCCCAAGAGUGCAACAGGAGAGAUCCCACAGUUCAAAGGUUGGCCAAAGUUACUGUGGUUUGUAACGGAGUCCAAGCACCUUUCCAAACCUCCCAGAGACUGGUUCCCUCACAUCAAAGAUGCAAACAACGACACUGCUUACAUAGAGUAUAAAACCUGUAAGGACGGCAGCGUGCUGGGAGUCACAGUGACGAGGAUCGCUCUGCUCACACACUGCCAGGCUCUCACCCAGUCCUGCAGCUACACCGAGGCGGAGACCAUAGUGAACGUUCUAGACUUUAAGAAGGAUGUGGGCCUGUGGCACGGCAUCCUGACGAGUGUGAUGAACAUGAUGCACGUGAUCAGCGUCCCCUACUCGCUGAUGAAGGUCAACCCUCUGUCUUGGAUCCAGAAAGUCUGCCAGUACAAAGCCAAGGUAGCGUGUGUGAAGUCCAGAGACAUGCACUGGGCUCUGGUGGCCCACAAAGACCAGAAGGACAUCAACCUGAGCUCGCUGCGCAUGCUGCUGGUGGCCGACGGAUCAAACCCUUGGUCCAUCUCCUCCUGCGACGCCUUCCUCAACGUCUUUCAGACUAAAGGGCUGAGGGCCGACGUCAUCUGUCCCUGCGCCAGCUCCCCCGAGGCCCUGACAGUGGCCAUCAGGAGGCCAGUGGAGGACAGCAGCCAGCCGCCGGGUCGAGGCGUCCUGUCCAUGCAGGGUCUGACCUACGGGGUCGUCAGGGUCGACACAGAGGAACGUCUCUCAGUGCUCACUGUGCAAGAUGUUGGCACCGUCACACCCGGAGGCCUGGCGUGUGUGGUGAAACCAGAAGGCGUCCCUCAGCUCUGUCAGACAGAUGAGAUCGGUGAGCUCUGUGUCUGCUCCAUCGCCACCGGCACCUCCUACUACGGCCUCACCGGCAUGACCAAGAACACUUUUGAGGUUUACCCGGUGAGCGCCAGCGGGGGUCUGGUCAGCGAGUACGCCUUCGUGCGGACCGGUCUGCUGGGCUUCAUCGGCCCGGGCGGCCUCGUCUUCAUCACCGGGAAGAUGGACGGGCUCAUCAUGGUGAGCGGGCGGAGGCACAACGCCGACGACAUCGUUGCCACGGCGCUGGCGGUGGAGCCGAUGAAGUUUGUCUACAGGGGCAGGAUAGCCGUGUUCUCCGUGACGGUGCUGAGGGACGAGAGGAUCGUGGUGGUGGCCGAGCAGAGACCCGACUCCACAGAGGAGGACAGCUUCCAGUGGAUGAGCCGCGUGCUGCAGGCCAUCGACAGUAUCCACGGUGUGGGUGUGUUCUGCCUGGCUCUGGUCCCGGCCAACACUCUGCCCAAGACCCCUCUGGGCGGCAUCCACCUGUCAGAGAUCAAGCAGCUGUACCUGGAGGGGGGGCUGCACCCCUGCAACGUCCUCAUGUGCCCCCACACCUGCGUCACCAACCUGCCCAAACCCCGGCAGAAACAACCAGAGAUCGGACCUGCCUCUGUGAUGGUGGGGAAUCUGGUGUCAGGGAAGAGGAUCGCUCAGGCCAGCGGCAGAGAUUUGGGACAGACUGACGACAACGACCAGUUCCUGUUCCUGUCGGAGGUUUUGCAGUGGAGAGCUCAGACCACACCAGACCACGUCCUCUACACCCUCCUCAGCUCCCGGGGGGCGGUGUCCAGCUCCCUCACCUGCCUGCAGCUCCAUAAGAGGGCAGAGCGAGUGGCGGCUCUGCUGAUGGAGCGAGGAGGUCUGCAGGAAGGAGACCACGUCGCUCUCGUCUACCCACCGGGUAUAGACCUGAUUGCAGCUUUCUACGGCAGCCUGUACGCCGGCUGUGUUCCCAUCACGGUGCGACCGCCUCACCCUCAGAACAUCUCCACCACGCUGCCCACCGUCAAGAUGAUUGUCGAGGUCAGUCAUUCAGCCUGUGUGAUGACCACGGCAGUCAUCUGUAAGCUGCUGCGCUCUAAGGAGGCCACGGCCACAGUGGACAUCAGGAACUGGCCGCCGGUCCUCGACACUGAUGACCUGCCAAAGAAGAAGCCUCCAGCUCUCUAUAAGCCCACCAACCCUGACGGUCUGGCCUAUCUGGACUUCAGUGUGUCCACAACCGGCAUGCUGGCUGGAGUUCAGAUGUCCCAUAAUGCAGUUGGGGCCUUCUGUCGGUCAGUGAAGCUGCAGUGCGAGCUGUACCCGUCCAGAGAAGUGGCCAUCUGUCUGGAUCCCUACUGCGGCCUCGGCUUUGUCCUCUGGUGUCUCUGCAGUGUGUAUUCUGGCCACCAGUCCAUCCUGAUUCCCCCGGUGGAGCUGGAGUCCAACCCGGCGCUGUGGCUGCUGGCCGUCAGCCAGCUGAGGGUGCGAGACACCUUCUGCUCCUACAGCGUCAUGGAGCUCUGCACCAAAGGACUCGGCCUGCAGACCGAGGCACUCAAGGCUCGCGGUCUGGAUCUGUCCCGGGUUCGUGCCUGCGUGGUGGUGGCAGAGGAGAGGCCCAGGAUGUCGCUCACGCACUCCUUCUCUAAGCUCUUCAAAGACCUCGGCCUUCACCCACGAUCUGUCAGCACUGCCUUCGGCUGCAGGGUCAACCUGGCCAUCUGCCUGCAGGGCACUUCAGGGCCGGACCCCACAACUGUGUACGUGGACAUGAGAGCGCUGCGACAUGACAGGGUUCGUUUGGUGGAGAGAGGUUCUCCUCACAGUCUGCCAUUAAUGGAGUCUGGCAAGAUCCUUCCCGGAGUUCGGAUCAUCAUCGCCAACCCGGAGACCAAAGGACCGCUGGGAGACUCUCACCUCGGAGAGAUCUGGGUGCACAGCGCUCACAACGGCAGCGGCUACUACAGCGGUUACGGCGAGGAGGUUCUCCAGUCCGAUCACUUCAACUCCAGACUCAGUUUUGGAGACACGCAGACGGUCUGGGCCAGGACGGGUUACCUGGGCUUCCUCCGCCGCACCGAGCUCACCGACGCCAACGGAGAGAGACACGAUGCUCUGUUCGUCGUGGGAGCUCUGGAGGAGGCCAUGGAGCUGAGGGGGAUGAGGUACCAUCCCAUCGACAUCGAGACCUCCGUCAUCCGCGCUCACAAGAGCAUCAUGGAGUGCGCGGUCUUCCCCUGGACCAACCUGCUGGUGGUGGUGGUGGAGCUGGAGGGCUCCGAGCAGGAGGCCCUGGACCUGGUUCCCAUGGUGACCAAGGCGGUGCUGGAGGAGCACUACCUGAUCGUGGGCGUCGUCGUGGUGACGGACAUCGGCGUCAUCCCCAUCAACUCCCGCGGCGAGAAACAGCGCAUGCACCUCCGCGACGGCUUCUUACAAGACCAGCUGGACCCCAUCUACGUGGCCUACAACAUGUAGCCUGAGUGUGUGUGUGUGUGUGUGUGUGUGUGUGUGUGUGUGUGUGAGAGAGAGAGAGCUAGCAUGCGUUCGUAUGCCGUGCAUAUCGCCGUUGUUGUUCAUUUAUUUCCCAAAAUCAAGAUGUACUGUAUUUUUGAACCUGCAUAUGGUGUGGUCUUAAAAUCGUCCGUUUUCUUUAAAGUCGUGUUCGUGCCGAAUUCGGGGUUCGAUUGGCUGAUUGAUUGACAGAUUGAUUGAUUGAUUGAUUGCUCGCUCAGUGGUGGUAUGAUGAUGAUCUUUUUCUUUCUUUUUUUUUUUGUUGUUUUUUUUGUUUACACCCCCGUUCAAUCUCGUGACCGUCACUGGGAGCUCGUCACUGUAGAAAGCCUUAGGGGAACACUGUGUACGGGGCGGCCGCACCGCUCGACGUUUUCAGAGGUUUUUAGGAGGUAAAAAAGUAGAGAGAGAGAAAAAUACUAGAGACUGUAUCUGUCAACAUGUUUUACUGGUCGAAUCAACAACAACAACAACAACAAAAAAAAAGAGCUUUGUGGUAUUAUUUCAAUUAGAACAGGGGCAGCCAGAUUAUUGUAAAAAUAUAAAUAUUGUACAUAGACAUAAUAAUCUAUAUGGAGAGGUACCUAAAAACACAAUGAGGUAUAGUAGCCCCUAUAUGCAGCUCUCUCCACCUGCACCCUGUGUGUGUGUGUGUGUGUGUGUGUGUGUGUGUGUGUUCAUCUGUCUGUGUUAAUGUGUGACAGGGACAUUUUACAUAGUUUUAAUGUGAUUCACGCGACAGAUUUUAAACCCUUAUACGAACAAGUAAGACACUUUUUUUUUGUUGUUUUUAUGGAGACUUGAAGCUGCAGGCGGGAAAAAGAAAACCUGACGUUAAAUCAUCUUUAAGUUGUUAAAGGUUUGGAGGCAAAAACUGUGUUUUUAGGGAGAAAACACCCCAAAUUGAAGUGCAAUGUCUAUAAAUAAAGGAGUGAAUUUAAACCUAAAGUGCAACAUGCACAAUAAUCAUCAGUUUUCAUCUCUCAGUUACUUUAUAACUAAAUGACUAACCUGUGAAAUCCUUAAAAACAAAACACCCAAAGCAAAGCAAAGUGUGCACUGUGUGAAUAUAGAAGAAAAAAGAGGGAAUAUUGUUAUUUAAAGGGAAACUUUAUUUAUUUGAAUCAGAAAGCGAAAAGAGGGCCAGACGUGACGCAGUCGAGGAUAAAAACGCAGCCUGACGAACGCCGAUUAACGGCAAUCUGGAGGCCGACGGGACGAAGAAGGGAAACUGUAGAUGAAGUUUACAGGAAAUAAAAGAGCUCAUAUUGUAGCAAUAACGCCUCGUGAAGGACGUCGUUCGCUGCAGACGAUGAACAGCCGUAUUGAUCCCGAACCGAACUCCCUCGUUCGUUAGAUAUUUGUCUUCUGUUUGGGUUUUUUUUUUUUUUUACCUCCUGAUUGUUUGACUUUAAAAUGAUGAAACAUGGCAGGAAUUCACUCGAUUGAACACGUUUAAAUAAAACAGUCAAAACCAAACUUGCCUUUGAUUUUUGUCCGUUGGAACCACAAAUAACCGAACUACAGCAUCUCUCUAAAUCUCUGCUCAGACAGUGAAAUAUUCUUUGGCACAAACAACAAAGAACUUGAAAAUGAGCAGUUUUUAUUGUUAUUAUUGUAUUUAUUCAAGAUUUUAUAUCACCUAUUAAUCUGCCUGCAGGGCGUCAACACGAAACCUGAUAAUGGAUCCACAGAUUUUUGUAUUUUAAGAAGAAUUCAACUGAAACUUUAAAAAACUUUAAAGUCCAAAUUCAAUUUAAAGUUGUCAUAAUGAAAAAUAGAAGAAAAGAGGGAGAUGGUACUUAAACGCACCACAAAUCUGCCUCAGUAGCCGACCACAUACUUCCAUUGAACCUCAGUUAUUUAUGUUUUAGAUUCAGUGUUUUACACCUUUACAGCCUUUAUAAGGACGUCUGAGUCUCUAAGAAAAACACCAAAAAGUUCAGAUUCAUUCGAGCUGUCGUCGUCUUUUUCUGCAGUGAAGAACGUCCUCCGGGCUUUAUGUGCACUGCCUCUAACGUUACACGAUUACAGAUCAAUAAUCAACUAAAAUACGACUAAUAAACCCACGCCUGCUGUGAAUUAUGGGUAAUCACCGCACUGUUGGACGUAGCUGUCGACCCGUGACGCUGCGGGUUGGACUCAGACUUAUAUUCAGUGUCGGCGCUAUUUAGAAUAAGUCAUAAACGUUUGUUUGUUUGUUUGUUUGUUUGUUUACAUCCCAGUGGAUAAAGUAUCUCAUGACAUCAUCUCAUCGUUCUUUAUUCUUCUUCGUUGGUGCGUCUCACCGUCUUCUGCCCUCUUUUUAUAUGAGAAGAAAAGACUUUUAUGCAUAUCAGAAGUUGCUUAGCGCUUGUUUGGCUGACAUUAGCAGUUUGGGUUUUGUUGGUAGCAGCGUAGCGGUCAUGUUUCAGUCCCUGUGUGUGUGUGUGUGUGUGUGUGUGUGUGUGUGUGUGUGUGUGUGUGUGUGUGUGUGAGGUGGAGGAUGUUCGAUAAGAAGGAAAUCCCAUCAGAAAACCCGGAGGACUCGUCUUUGUGUGUUCAGAACUGGAUGGGAGAGAGACUGCAUGGUGUGUGUGUGUUAGGUGUGUGUGUGUGUGUGUGUGUGUGUAUAUUGUAUGUAAAUAGUGUUGAUUUUGUACGGUACAAGUGUGUGUGACUUGUUUUGUACACAUGAUAAAAAAGAUUAAAUGACACUUUUAUAAGAGCCUGCUAUUGGCUCACCGUCACACUAUACAGUGCAAUAAAGUGCUUUGAUUGGCUAAAACUCA